AUGGAUCGAAAAUGGAUGCUUGCUAGGCGUACUAGUGAUGAAUAUGAGAAAGGGGUGGAGGAAUUUAUUACAUUUGCUAUUGAUCAUGCUGCAGAUCCGAGUCGUAUUUUGUAUCCAUGUAUCAAUUGCAACAACAUGGUCCGACAUAACGUUGAGGAUGUGAGAAUCCAUUUGGUGGUGAACGGAAUUAUUCAAACAUACAAGUGUUGGAUAAAACACAGUGAGACAUUAGAGGAUUUUCCUUCUUAUGUGAGUAAUGAGAUGUAUGGUGAGAUGUAUGGUGAGAUGUAUGGUGAGAUGUAUGGUGACACAGAAAAUGAUGAAACAGAAGCUGAUGAAAUGGAAGAGGAUUUGGAUGUGGAUUGUUUAGAAGAAAUGACACAUAUCUUAAGGCAGAACAUUGAAGGUGGUUCUGAAAUGUUUGAGACCUUGAGUAAUGAUGCAAAGACACUGUUGUACCCUGGGUGUACUAAAUUUAGCAAAUUAUCUGUUGUGCUAAAGCUUUAUAACCUGAAAGCACGUGGUGGAGUGCCCGAUGAUAUUUUCACAGGCUUUCUUAAAUUGGUGAAAGAGAUGCUGCCUGCUGAGAAUGUGCUCCCUGAUCGAAAUUAUGAGGAAUAUGCAUCAUUAGAAAAUUUUCCAGAGUGUAAUACUCCACGCUACAAGAACAAAAAGGUUCCAUCCAAGGUUAUGUGGUAUUUUCCAAUAGUACCCAGAUUUAGACGCCUAUUUAGCAUUGCAGAAGAGGCAAUGAAAUUGACAUGGCAUGCAGAUGAGAGAUUGAAAGAUGGUUUACUUAGACACCCAGCCGAUUCUCCACAAUGGAUCAAGAUUGACAAUGACUUUGAAGAUUUUGGGAGUGAAGAUAGAAAUUUGCGUCUGGCCCUUGCCGCUGAUGGGAUGAAUCCUUUUGGUAAUCAGAGUUGCAAUCAUAGUACAUGGCCAGUGAUUUUGAUGAUCUAUAACCUUUGUCCUGACUUGAUAAUGAAACGAAAGUAUAUGAUGCUGACCAUGUUAAUUUCAGGCCCAAAACAACCGGGAAACGACAUAGAUGUGUAUUUGGCACCAUUAAUUGAAGAUUUAAAGAUGAUGUGGGAUUCGGGUAUACAAGUUUUUGAUGCUCAUCGCAAUGAGAAUUUUAAUCUGAAAUCCUUGCUUUAUGGAACAAUAAACGAUUUUCCAGCAUAUGGAAAUUUGGCGGGAUAUAGCGUUAAAGGAUAUGAGGCGUGCCCUAUUUGUGAGGAGAAUACAUUCUCACCUUACUUGAAUUUUUCUCAUAAGAAUGUCUACCAGGGAUUUCGCAAAUUUUUGCCUAUUGACCAUCAUUAUCGAAGGUGGAAAAAAGCUUUUAAUGGGGAAAUUGAAGAAGGUACUCCUCCAGUGCCGCCAUCAGGAGAUGAAAUACUUGAGAAAAUGCAGAAGUUGGAUGUUAAGCUUGGGAAGUUAAACGCAAAAAAUGUUCCCAGUACCGGGCACAAAAAGUUUUCAAUAUUCUUUGACCUUCCGUACUGGAGGACCUUGCAUGUGAGACACUUCGUUGAUGUCAUGCAUAUUGAGAAAAACGUUUGUGAAAGUCUUAUAAGUACUUUACUUAAUGUGCCUUGUAAGACUAGAGAUGGGGAGGCUGCUAGACUAGACUUGGUUGACUUGGGGAUUAGAGCAGAAUUGGCACCAAUCAAGCGUAAUAGUCGUACAUAUCUGCCACCAGCGUGCUAUACUCUAUCUAGAAAGGAGAAAAUUGCUUUUUGUGAGUGUCUUUAA